AUGCCAAGCACUCGCCGCAGCAUAUCGUCACAGCCGCGGCGAACUGGGACUGUUACAGCAGAUCCGGCUUCAAGAUCACCCACGCGCUCCACGUGCCGCACCAGGCAGGAAAAGGGCAAGCCCUGCUACGAGGUGGUCGAAACCAGGGAGGAGGUGACAACCUAUAUCGUUACAGCGAAUCAUGUACCCGCGGCUGCGGAGCGCUCGCCGUCGCACCAGGAACACGUGCCGAAAGGCAGUGGCGGACGCACACAAAGUUGCAGUGGAGGUGCUCGGCAGGAGUACCCUCGACUGGCGUAUGACGGCAUUGACCGCGCUCCACGGACGAAUCAGAGCGCCCUCGAAAUAACGGGCGACAGUGCGCGGCGGAGGCCGCAGUUCGGUGCUCUCGCCGCUGACCCUGACAGUCACUACGUUAGCGCAGCCAAUCGCGGCGGCCUCACCCUCAGCGGCAACGCGACGUCGAACUCUGCGACGCGCAGGCACGCCGCUGGUGCUCAUCCAUCACGCUCGUCCCGCAUAGUGAAGGCCCCAGUCGAUAUCUCGACGCUAGAGGACUACCAAACACCGACACGCCGUCGCCGAAGUGGCGGGCGCUACGAGUGUGAUCACGGUGUGGGGCACACGGAGGCUCCUCCAGCGGGGCGCGGUGGCAGCCACGGCCGUCAACGCUUCUCUGCAGACGUGCAUGCGCAUGAGAACAUCGAUGUGGAGGAGACGGAGACGAACUGUGCUGCCGCAGCCGCUGCAGCGGAGCCGUACCACUUUCGGGUUCGUCUGCACAAGUGUCGAGGGGUUUUUGCCGAUCUAAAGGCGUCUUGCCGUCCUCCACCUGCGGUCUACUUUGCCGUGCACACCGUGACGGAACGCGUCCACUCUGGCAUUGCAGACAAGGGCAGCUACAACCCCGUCUUCUACGACGAAUUCAUGUUCUCGUCGGCCGAUCCAGAGCACGACGCGCUCGUGUGCACACUGGUGGCGGCCAGCUCAGUGAACACCUCGCGCGGGAGCGGCACGCAACGGGACAAGAAGGUGGCGGAGUGCGUGCUGGCGCUGCACAACUUAGCGUGGCAGGUGGAGCGGAAGGUGUGGGUGCCGCUGGUGCGACACCCCGGCACCUCGCAGGCGUACGAACAGGGCGAGGUGCUGGUGAGCAUCUACUCUGCCGACUUCGGCUACGACGAUGUGGCGACAGAGGAGGAGGAGGCGGCGUGCUCUGCCGCCAUCCACGACACACUGACCCAGUACGCUCCGCAGGAGCUGCACCGACUGGACUGGAUGACGUCUGCGUAUGUGAACAAAGGCCCCGAGGCGCUGUCUCAGCUACGCGCGUUCUACCGGGCCCGCACAAUCGAGCCUGUGCCGGUGCGCGUGACGGUGCGGCGCGUCGAAGGCUUGACGGACGAAGCCGGGGGUCCGACUCGGGCCUCCGAUAUCUACGUGGUGGUUGGGGACGGCCGCGUGGAGCGGCGGUCGAAGACGGUGCCGUACCGCCGCUGCGCCACCAUCAAUCAGGAAUUCAACCUUGUCUUCGUUAAUCCGGGGGUGGACACACUGAGCGUGACCGUGUUUGGCAACGGCCGCAAGCUUGGGGAGGCCGUCGCUGGGCUCACGAACGUGCAGGCCGGGAAGGCGAAGGAAGUGACGCUGAUGCUCGUGCGCGCUGCCGAAACUGGCGAUGCCUCGAACGGGGGACAGGUGACACUGACACUGCAGACCGAGAAGUACAGCAGUCCGUACCGAAUGUCCGCCAAGCAGGAGGCUCGGCUGCGCGAACGCGUGCUGGCGCACUUGUGGUGUUACCUUCGUGACGACCUGCACCGCCUUGACGCCAUUAUGGGCAGCAUUGACAACGAAGAGGUGUAUAUGCAGGCGUGGGCUCGCACUGUCGGUCCCGAACAGAAGCCGAGGCGGCUUCAGGUCAGCGUGCGAGAGGCGCGCCACAUAAUCGCUGACGGCGGGCUGCAGCCGCGGUGCUACGCGCGCAUUACUGCCGGGCCGACGACCGUACGUACAGGACUUGUCACCGUCCGCAACGGCGUCGCAACGUUUAAAGACUCCUUUAGAGUGCAAGUGUACGACCCUGCCCACGACGCUGUCGAAGUUAUGAUCGUCGCAGAGGAUGAUGGCGGAGAGCGCGAGAUAAGUCGGGUGUGCUUGGGCGUUGCCAACCUUCCUCGCCAGGGCCGAGUCGUGCGCACGCUUCACCUCGUCUCCGCGGCGACGAAGCGCGCUGCUCACGUGCAGGGCGAGCUGACGGUGGAGCUGUUGGCAGAGGACUUCGGACUCACUGGCGCGUUGGCAGUCGCUGCGGAGGAAUGCACCAGUUUCGCCUCUAGUGUACACAUGCAGCGGUUGGAGGCCAUUAUGCAGCGCAGCUCACCAGAGAAGCUGCACCGCGUGCCAUACAUGCUUGACACGGCGCCGCCCGGUAAGGCCGAGCGCGUCGUCGAGGAUGAGGCAAAGCAGCACAGCAGCGACGUGGCGGUGGCGCCGAUGACUGUCAAGAUCCUCGGCGUCAAGGCCUUUAAGCCUGCUGUAGAUUUCUAUGUGAAGGUGUACCUUAAUAACGAGCCGAUUCUUCGCACCGGAGAUGUGAGAGGGUCGACAGUGGUUACCAUAGGUAUCAAAGACAACAACGAGGCGACGGUCCGGCUGAAAGAUGCCCCGCAGGCUGUCAUGACCUUCAAGAUCGCUCAGCACCGUGCGCUUCGAAAGACAGCGGUGCUUGGCGAGGCCGAGGUAGCCUUGGCGAACCUCGUGCGCGGAGAGAAGAACGUGCUGUGGGUGCCCUUUUUCCAGCCGGCGAAGGCAUCGGCGUCUGGCAGCGGUGGCGAAAGCCGUCGCUGCUCGGCGUCAUGCACAUCUGACACCCGGGGCAACAUUGUAAAGUUGAAGGGAAAUCGCAUGCCAAACUCAAACGACACCGUGGCCGCUCGGCAGGAGCAAUUGCCGGGCGCGUCACUGGCACGCCACGACACCGCUGCUGCCUCGCCUGUCGGCAUACUGGGCCUGGAGUUGCAGUCCAAUGCCUUUCCGGAGACCACCGUCACAGAGUACAAGCUGGACGACGAGUCGGGGCGGACGGGCGUAUCGGCGCAGGAGGCGGUCACAGAGGACGUGACGUCGCUGAUUGCCAAGAUGAGGCCGAGCGAGUUGCCAAGGGUGCAGCCCAUGAUUGCACAGUGCACGUCGUUGAAAAGCGCUCACGACGAGCUCCGCACAGAACUGUCGCCGAGGCCGAUCUUGGGCACCGUCUACGUGAACAUCGAAUCCGUGGAUCUCGCGACAGAGACGGGCAAGGCGCAAGAGGCACAGGGUGGGGUCGCGGUGGAGGCGGCCUACGGUAGCGAGCGUCAAGAAUCGCGCAAGCGGACGGGGUUUGCGAACGACGCGCUGCAUCAGCGGCAGCUCUACACCCAGAUCCGCCUCGACAUCCCCGCAAAGCUUGACAGCGCUAUCAGCGGUCGCAAUGGCGCCAUGUCGAGAUCCGCAGCGUAUGCCAAGGGCGCGCCAGCCCUGGAGUUGCGCCUGAUUGGCGUUCACGGCAACGAGGGUGCAUCAGGCGCAGUGCUGGUUCCGACUGGGAGCGUUGCUAGUGGCGGCGCAUUCGGUGAGGGUCGUAAGGGCGCCUAUCACUACGACGCGGCCGAUACCGACUCAGACGCCACGGCGGACUCCUACUACGUGGGCGGCGAGAACAAUCUUCACAGCUACAUAAGGUUCCCCCAGAACCGCGGCCGACUCCGGAGCACCACGCAGCCGGAGGAGGAGCACAUGGGGCGUCCGUCGAAGAUGCGCAUUAUGCAGCAAGGGCAGCGGCAGUCGGACCCACACCGUAACGGCGGGUCCACCGUCUCAUUGUACUCUAACCACUACCAGAAUAUCCCUGAGGCUCAGCACAGCAGCCAUCGCGAAGAGGAUGGCAAGCGCUGCCUCGGAGGCGCGAACAACAGUUACAGCUACGUGGGCUCCCCAGGGCAAUCUUUCCGGCACAGCGUCCACGGCUCGGAGCGGGCACCGUCCCGCCACCAGGUCGGGCUGGCGAAUGCGAGUGGCAGCAACCGGCAGCCCGGUAGCACGUCGUGGUCCUUGACCACCGCGUCGGUGCCGUACAAGUGGAGCACCCCGUAUAGAGGCGAAAUUGGUGUCGUGCGCUUGUCCCUGCGUGCGCUCUUGACGAGGCCGCUGUACAAGAUCGGCGACACGCUCCGUGUGCCGAUCGUCGCACCAGCUAUUCCAGCCAAGCUGUCCAACCGUGCUCGUUGUUCCCCUGCGGUUAACCAACGCUGCAUCGUUGGCCACGUCACGCUGCGGCUAACACUGCCGGCCUUUGAGCACGUUCCUGAGUCACUGCGACUGGGCGGCCACAACAGCAUGUCGAAGGUGGUACCGGACUACGUGCACUACUAUGAGCGGCGCAUCGGCGCAUACUUGCGGUCGCACAACGCGCGAGACCUGGUGUCGUUCCACUACGAUUUGUGCGAGCGAGACGUGGUGUCCGGGUGCUGGCCGGUGUCCCUGCCCCAGUGGAUGCAGACGCUGAUCAAGCGAUUUGGUCCCGAGACGGAAUACGUCGGUCCGGUGCCCUCGCUCCCCUUCGUCCCCGAAGAGUGGGAGCUCGUGCGGCAGCGCGCCGACGCGCUGCGCCGUGAGCGGGAGGCGGCACUCGCGCCAUGGAAGCAGAGUAGCAAAGUCGGUGAUGACCAUACCGACGACCACAUCAACGUUUACUCCAGCCGCGGUGCGAGCCCUUCUGUCCGCUCACGCGGCAACUCCCCGGGACGCAGCGCAUGGGCGGAUAGGAAGAAGGGCAGCAGCGCGAACGGGAGACUCGAUGCAGGGGAGGCGUCAGCGGAGGCGGUGCACCGCUUGUAG